GAUAUAGCAACAUGACAUUUAUUUUCAUAUGAUCAGUUGCACUAACAAAAUGACAGAGAGAAAUCCAGUAGCAGCAAAUUCAUCAUCACCUGACAGUGAUUUUAGCAACCAGCAAUGGUCUUUUGAACUAUCUGACUACAUGUGUUUCGAUGACAUUGAUUGGCAACAAAUUGAUCCUACAACUACUAAUCAAUCUUUUGUUUAUCAAUCCAACGAAGUAGCAGGUGGCUGCAACAUUGAGUGGUCUUCUACUCAUACCAGAGAUACUAAUAACAUUAAUAUGAGUGGAGGAGUGAAUAGUUGGAAGAAGGAAGUUAAGGAAAGAGUUGCAUUCAAAACAAUGACAGAGGUUGAAAUACUUGAUGAUGGUUACAGAUGGAGGAAGUAUGGAAAGAAAAUGGUCAAAAACAGCCCUAAUCCAAGGAAUUAUUAUAGGUGUUCAGUGGAGGGAUGUCCUGUGAAAAAGAGAGUUGAGAGAGAUAAAGAUGAUUCAAGAUAUGUCAUUACAACCUACGAAGGCAUGCACACACACCCAACUUCUUCAUAGCUAGCUCCAAUAAUGUAUGUUAUAUGAAGAAAUUUUGACUGUGUUUUGAUAGCGACAGUGCUGCAUGUGCUUUUACUAAUGUUACUAGUCAUUCCAACAUGAAAGUAUCCAAAUUCUCAACAAUGUUUGAGUUUGUAACUGCACAUGUACAAUUUACCUUAAAAAGGGUUUUGAAAUAGAACUUUUGUACCAACAA